AUAUGUUAAUGCAAGAUUGAAAAAGAUUCCUUUACUGAAUAUUAUAAAAUAUGUAAAAGUAUAUAUACUUUUAUACAAUAUUUAUAAAAAAGUUGUCAAACCCUAUUGAGCAGCUACAAAGAGGCUGUUUCAAUGUAAGAGUACACUUAUUUUCAUGUAAAAUUUCGUACGCGAAUACAAAAUAUAAAUUUUUAAGGGUUUAUGUUUCAUGUGUAUAAAUUUCGAAUGCGUGUACUUUAAAAUAUAAUAAUACGUUUUUAAACGAAUACUUAUGAUAAUUUUAACAUUUCUUCAUGUAUCUUAUAUGAUACCAUCAAAGUUUUUCGAUGAAAACAUGGAGCAAAAUGAUAUCAGAAACAAAACGAAGAAACCGAUGAAAUUCUCAAAUUUCGGAAGACCGAUCUCCUGCCAAAAAGUCAAAAUAUACUGCUGAGAUAGAUGAGCAAUUGAAAGUCCUACAUGCUGCGUUGCAGAGUAAGAUACAAAAAUAAAUCACCCAAUCCACAGCCCUCAACAUCAUAGUCGCAGAAAAAUUUACCAAUAAGGCUAAAUUCUUCUGUCUCAACUAAAACUGUCUGCUUGAACUCGAAUGCGUCUGAAGAACUGACCGCAAACUCAAGUUCCGAGCACGCAAAAAAGCCGGUGAAUUCCACAUCAUGUAAAGACAAAUCAGCGACACGGAAAACACAACUGUUCCCUGAAGAUGAAGACAAAUAUUGUAAAGAUGUAGAUGAAGAGGGCGAGUUAGAGAAUUCUAAAGAUAAUGAAGAAUUAAGCUUUUUUUAGAAAGCAGUGGUGGCGAACUUCAAUUUGCCUUCAGUUCAUCAAAGAGUUUAAUCAAAAAAAUGUGACCGAAGCCAAUAAGCUCUCGAAACGUCUGAUGGAACCACUAACUGGCUUUCCCAUGAGAACUGUCGAGAAAUUCAAUUCGCUCAAUGAUAAAGAUAAUUUUGAACUGCGUACAAAAAUGUGCAGACAUUUGGUUCAGUCAGGUGGUUCCAAGUUAAGAGAAUUUCUUAACUUUCGACUGAAAGAGAUGUUGACCGAUGAAUUGGUUUGUCAGUUUACCUGGGUUGGGGGCGAAAACAGGUUAAUAUUUGGCGAAAUCAGGGUGUCAAACAUUUUGUAUCAGGCAGCUCAAAGGUGUUCCCAGUUCAAUGGGCCAGACGACCGAGCACACUUUAAGAGUGAAAUGCUGGAGGUUCUAAGAACAACGAAGCAGCGCUAUAGGAAUUUGAAGAAGAAGGUUCUUCUCAAAAAUCAAAGGGCUUUGGAUGGAAACGAGGAGGACUUGUUAAAACAAAUUGCGGUUUUGGAAGCACAAAAAGGUUCAGCAGGAGAAGAAAACCUUUCCGACCACAAUGGUUCCUUCGGGGAUGACGAAUGUGAUACAUAAAUAUGACAAACUAGUUUGAAAAAUAUAAUUUAAAAAAUGUAAUAGAGCACGGUGAGCCUCAACCAAUUUUAAUUAAAAAACAUAUUGCAAGAAAUGUUUUUGUCGAAUAUUAUUCUAUCAUAAUAUACAUUCUUUUGUAGUAAAACUUAAAAAUAAUUGUGGGAGCGCUUUUUUCCAAAAUUCAAAAUUUAGAUUUUCCAAAAAAAAUUUGUAAAAUUUUUUAAUUAAUCAGAGGGAUUUAAGCUGCAAAA